UUAGGAAAGAUUUCCUUCUAAUAUAGGAGGCAUAUAGAGUUCUCUCACAGUUUCAAGCAAACUGAAAGAACCAGUGACAAUGCAAACAGAUAUAAAAACGUUGUCGUUUUUGCGUAACAGAUACUGGGUCCUCAGGCAUGGCAAAAGCAUCCCAAAUGAGAAAGGCCUUGUUGUUUCUUCAUUGGAAAAUGGCACUCGUUCUGAAUAUGGGUUGGCAUCUGAAGGUGUUGAGCAGGCACAGUUGGCUGGAAAAUUAUUCCUCAAGGAAUUGAAGGAAAAAACCAUACCACUUUCUAAUGUGCGCAUUUGUUACUCACCAUUUGCAAGGACAAGUCAUACAGCAGAGGUUGUUGCAUCCGUUCUGAAUAUUCCAUUUGAGGGCCCUCAAUGUAAGGUCAUAGAAGAUCUUCGAGAACGUUACUUUGGUCCUUCUUUUGAACUUCUGUCACAUGACAAAUAUCCAGAAAUAUGGGCUAUGGAUGAAAAAGAUCCAUUCACAAGGCCAGAAGGUGGAGAAAGUGUUGAUGAUGUGGCCUCUAGACUUGCAAGUGCUAUGGCAACCAUGGAAUCAGAAUACCAAGUAUGUGUGAUCUUGGUUGUCAGCCAUGGUGAUCCCCUGCAAAUCUUGCAAACCAUGCUCAGUGCAGCUUCAGAACAGACGGAACCGAGUAGCAAUGACCUAGGAUCGAGAAUUCAAGCAGUUAGACUCCCUUCUAUUUUAUCACAGCAUCGACAGUUCGCACUGCUUACUGGCGAACUUCGGGUAGUUUUAUAAUCUGCAGCUCCUCCUUUAUUGUUUCUUCCACCAAGUUGUCGGGAAAAUUUGGCCAGCAUUUUAUGACCGAAUGAUUUACUUGACAUUCAUAUGAUCAAUCUUUCAUUUCAUAAUGCUA